AUGACAACACAUAAACGCAACCAGAGCAGGGGCUCAUUCUCCCUAUUUUCACUCAACACAAUUCGGUCCCUCAGUCGUGCUGGCUCACGACAAGCUGCUCGAGUCCCGUCGAAAGAUGAACUUCUUGAGCGAACUGAGUCCAGUCUCUCCUAUCGUUGUGAUCCUUACAAUCAACCUCCUCCUUCUCCUAGUCCGCAGGCUACCACUGUCCAGUCGUACGAAAAAGCAUCUCUCGACCACCAUGGGCACCAUGGUCUGCUAGCUAGGGACUCUGUGUCGACUACAUUGGCUUCUCAUGCACGCUCGGCUCGUCACAAGGUCAGCCAAAGACUCCGCCCGUUGUCGUGGUUUUCCCUUCAGAGAUCAUCAGCCCAGGAUCCAUCCUACCCUCGCAGUGUCUCUGCUCAGUUACCAAAAGCUUCCAGUACCUCCACAGUGGGCAGGAGUAUCAUUUCCGCUCCUACUUUGACUAGUACCACCAAUGUCAAAGUUGCUCAAGCUGAGGGCGUAGACUGUGGAGAGAUAUCUGAUGCGGCAUUCUCAGAAUCCACAUGGGAUUCCCAAGUUGGUUGGCUACCUCAAGCAUCUGCAGAAAAAUCUUGUCCAUCUGGCCAUGACCAUAGUUCGGAAACACUGCAUCCACAUCAGAACUAUGGCUCACUCGACACCAGAAGGUUUAAAAGCGGACGUGUGUUCAAGCUUGGCAAUGCUCUUCGCACAAGACUCAAAGGUUCCAAAGGUUCACCACUUGGUGGCCGCAAGGAAUCUCCUCUGCUGAUGCCGCACCCACCCAACCUAGUCGGUAAAUCAGCUACUCAGAGCACAUUUCCCGAUAGACCAGACGCCCAACCUAGAGCAGAACCAUGCAAUCAUUACCUAUUGAAGGAGAAAGGAUUCGGAUGGAGCAGUCAUAUUCGACGCAAGUCGGUAAACCAUAAUUCCGGUCUCGGUGACACACAAAACGAUCCUCCUCUUCUUAGUGGGCUGAAUGAUGGUGAUAUGGCAAGGACCAACUCCGUACAAGAAGAUGGCGACUCGGCCUUUGGAUCAUUGACCAGAUCUUUCGCUAGUGCCGUUGACAAACUUGAUUUUCAGACUCCUCCGCGAGAGAUGUCGUUUCUCAAAUCAAAAUCGUCCUUCUUCAAUAUGAAGAAAGGCACCACUGAUAACGAUGGGUAUCAAGAGUCCAAGAAACCAGAAAUUGGUAUCUCCAAAACGUCUCCCCCGGCCAGAACAUCUUCCUUGCAGAGACCUCAAAUUUCCAACACAUUAGAAGCUCCCGUCAUGACCAAAUCUCGAAGAGCCAACUUGCCACCAACCAAGAUACUAGCCACGCGCAAGGUGGCACCUGAGCCCAUGAUUUACUCGACAACGAGAAACGCGUACAUACCUUCGAAUCCAGUUGCCGGUUAUCCAAGAGGGGUCCAUCCUCUUCGAAUGCAUCCGCCAGACACAAAACCCAUGUCCAUCAUGAAGCAGCCAAGAGUAGAAACACCAAGUCAAGAAAGCGUUGACGGCAGUGGAUCCAUCAGCUUGGAAGAUGCACCAAUCUACUCACCUUCACUCGGAGAUCUCAGCCAAUAUGCUCGGGACACCCCACCAUCAAUCAAGCAUACAAGACCAGAGCAACGCAAGGCGGUAGUGAUUGACACAACCCCAACGCGAGUGCUUAUGAAGGAAAAGAGACCAGGCUCAACACUCGGAGGUUCUCUGAGAAAGAGCAGUAGCGCCUUGAGCCUUUUCAGCAAAUCAAGAUCAGGCAGGUCAACAGGGAAAGGAGCAAAACAUGAUUCAAGAGCGUCGGUGCUUCCAAGAACCAAUCCGACAGCUCUGCAACAGCGCGAUGUGAAUCAAAAGAUGGGAAGCCAUGAGGAAAAGGCAGUCAGAAAGAGCCCGAGUCUUCAUUUCGGUGGUCUUUUCAAGCGUGAAAGUAGCUCUACCUUGGGUGCGAGCACGCCACGGGAUCGAAGCAUAGCCUUUCAGCCGACGACACCUUCACCAUUGCGCAAUGUAACUCGUGUUCGUCGAAGCCAUUCGACUGCACAAGAGAGUCCUCCACUGAUUGCCCAGGAUGCAUGA